AUGGGUGACACCAUGAAAGCUUGGCAAUAUUCUGCCAUCGACGGCAAGCUCGAGGAUUCGCUUGUUCUCAACAAAUCAGCGCCUAUGCCAAGCUCUUCAACCUUGCUCAAAGAUGAGCUCCUUGUCGAAGUCAUCAGCGCAUCGCUCAACCCAGCAGACUAUAAAGUCCCCGAAUCAACUCUUAUUGGGCGUCUCAUGGUCGCACGCCCCGCCACGCCUGCCAUGGACUUCUGCGGCCGUGUUGUGGCCAUACAUUCCUCAAAUUCCAGCUUCCAAAUCGGACAGCUUGUGUUUGGUGGAUACGCAGGCGUCGGCCAGAAAGGUACGUUGGCAGAGUACAUCGUCAUCUCAGGAACACACUGCGCACCCCUCCCGGAUGGCAUAGACCCUGAUCAAGGCGCGGCGGUUGGCACGGCAGCGACAACAGCCUGGCAGUCUCUGAUACCGGAUACACUGCAACCUGGCGGCAAGGUGUUGAUCAACGGAGGGAGCGGCGGCACAGGCACGUGGGCUAUUCAAAUGGCAAAGGCCUUGGGCGUUGAGGUUGUCACGACGUGCUCCGCCACGAACGUCAAGAUGUGCCGACAGCUUGGCGCGGAUGAAGUCAUUGACUACAAAAAAGAAAACGUCUUAACGAAGUUGAGGGACAGGGGGGAGGUCUUUGAUCUCAUCAUCGACAACGUGGGCAACAACCCAGACCUGUAUGACAACAGCAGCAACAUGCUGAAGCCUGGUGGAACUUUUGUGAUGGUGGGCGUCGGAGAAAGUCUCACACUUUCAGGAUCGUUCUCGAUGUUGAGCAAAAUGAUUUGCCCAAGGAUUUUGGGCGGACAGCAAUUUUACUUCGUGCGUAUGCAGAACAGCGCGGACUUCUUCCGACGAAUUGGCGAGUUGAUGGACCAGGGAGAGGCCAAGGCGGUGAUUGAUUCAACGUUUGGGUUCGACCAAGUGCCCGACGCUUAUAGGAGACUACGGGAUGGACAUGCCAAGGGCAAGAUUGUUGUUCAAGUUGCGAACUGCAAGGGUAGCGGCAGUUCGGAUUGA